AACGAUAAACAUGAUAGUUAUUUGUUUAUCCUAGCAUUUUCCUCUUAUUUUAAUUUUUUGAAGCCUAAAAAAUUAAAAAAACACGGUCGAUUGAUCGGUCAACUAUCACAAAAAUGAACCCAAUUAACAGUUUCACGUAUCCGGAUAUUCCAAAGGAUUUGAGUAAAUAUCUUUUGAGGGAUAACAAACAAAUGAUUGUGGUCGGGGUGAUUGGGAAAUCAUCCACUCCAGAUGGGAAUAAACUGGCUAGUUUCAACAUUCUGAACGUCCAUCCCGCCCUAACCGAUUCGAAGUGUUUUGAUGGGCGGAUAAAGUUUUACUUCGAAACCAACGGAGAUAUUCUUUUCUUGCAUUUUGAAACUACGUACGACCAGUACGUUAUGGCUGAUCUACUGGAAAAGGCUUGUGAGUCUGGGAUACAGGAUCAUUUCAUCAAUUUCAAUAGCAAUGUUCGAACGCGUUUCGCUCGUAUGUUGCUAUUCGCCAUUCAGGUAUGCCACAUAAUUGUGAUGGUAGAGCCCUCGACAGUAUUCGACACAAGCUAUUUGUCGAUAUUCAAAUCGUUGAAAAUUAUACGCGAAAAAUAUGUUUUGAAGUUUCUGCCCAAACUGCUGAGAAACUCCACUAUUGCCAACUACAUGGGCAAAGAGGCAAGAUUGUGCAGCCCGAGGUUCCUAUUUUACUUCGAUUGUAUCGAAGACAUUGCGCCGGAAGACUUGGAAAAGCUGGAUAGUUUGGAGUGUUCCAUCGAGGAAGAUAUUUACAAAAUGCUGCGAAAUGAAUUCAUUAUCACGAAUAACAGUGCGAUGUCAUUGUUUUCCAUACAGCGAAACAAAAAGUAUGUCUUUUUUAACUGCGAGAAAAAGGGAAAGUCAGAUCCAUUGAUUGAUACGAUCGACUGGUUGAUGCAAUGUCUGGAGAAACCCAAUGGACAGCAAGAAAAGGAUGACGAGGAUCUAUUGAAUCGUUUAAGGCCAUAUGAAGGUUAUGGGAUGUCGGCGUGGAGCGUUGGUGCGAAUCAGCAAACCAAACCCAAUGAUAGAUGUAUUUUGAAGCUGUUGAAAGAACAUGUUGCUGAAGCUUUUGAGCAUGGAUUUGAUGAUAGUAUUUCAAAAUAUAGAGGAAAAAGUCACUUUGUUAUUCCAGGGUUCAAAACAUGGUUUGAAGGUUUUAAGCUGCUACAUAAAAUUUUCGUUGAAAAUCCAGACAAUCCGCGUUACGAACCAACUGACGUUGAUUAUAAAGCGUAUCUGGAGAAUUUCUAUAGAAUAAUUGAUAUCGAUGAAUGCUUCUUCACCGAGAUCUGCGAGCAUGGCCUCGAGUUGGCUAUGGUGAACUAUAAGGAGAUGCUGCCACAUCAUUACAGUGCGACGUUCCACGAGAAGAAAUACCAACAGGCGCAUGAAAUGUACAUGCAGUAUGCACGAGGUCCCAGCGUAGAAACGUAUGAGAAACGACUUAAGGCUUAUUGUGAUUCGAUUUGGUUGAAUGGAAGGCAGCAGUGCGAGUAUCCUAGCUUACGGGGAAAUCCAUGCAUUUUAGGCAAACAUAAAGCCAAUGAUGCAACAGAUCACUCGAGUGGAGUUGUGUUUGUUUCUGCAUGCAAUUGUGGUCGAACUCAAGGUCACCGGGAGGAUCCUUAUUCUAUUAAGCAGGCUAAUUUGGAAUAUUACCAGCUCAUCGCGAAAAGUUGUAACAAUUGUAAUGCACUGGAAAGAAUAAUAUUCCCGGUGUUUGAACCAUCCGGCAACGAUUUCAAAGCCGCUGAGUUCGUGAGUAAAAAUCUUUCGAAUCUAAUGUCAUUUGAAAACUCCAAUAAGACGCCAGAAGGUAACACGAAUCCACCGAUGACAAAUGACGACUCGCCCCAUCUAUCAGGCAGCCAGAAAAGCCAGAACAGUGCCUCUAGCCUAACCUUCAGCGUAGACGACAAGGAAGGCGAUAAGAAUCAUCGUUCCGAAACAUUCGAGAGCCAAUCGGGAGAAGAGGAACCAUUCGAGCGAGAAACGGUCAAUGAAAUAGUGAUUAAAGUCGGAGAACAUUCAGAGGCUACAGAGCGGGAGAAGGCUAUACAUAGGCAACCUUCGACAACAGAAUAUCUCCCUGGCAUGUUGCAUGCAGCUAGCCCAGCAGGACUUUUGCCACAAUUUCCAUCGUGGUCUUUGGUCUGUUUGGGACCGAGUUCUAUCUACACUCAUAACAGUGGUAUUCCUGAACACAUCCAGAGUGGUUUCCUUUCGGGUGCAAAUUUUUUACUUCCCUGGGACGUAAGUGUCCGGCUUGAACAUGCCCAAUCUUGGGCAGCUUCGUACGAGAAGAUCAGAAACCGAAAGAAAAAUGUUUCCCAAAACAAACCAUCCGACACUAGUAACAACUUCACUCUGAAGAUAUUUAUUGGCACUGAGUACGAAUGUCUACGUGGUCAUCGUUUCAUUAUGAGCGGUCCGGAUACGGUUCUUCGAGGCGGUGCCGGUAUCGUACGAGACAGCGGUAGCAAAGUUGUUUUCAACGAUAUGCCAAUUUAUUUUCCUUGUCCAUGUCGUAACUCGAAUGUCGCUCAGUUGAUGCGUAUUCACAUUGUAACACCCAAAGCGCCGGUGAAUGUUAUCAUAGAACCGAAGGUAAAAAUCAACCAAAAUGGUACGGAAAAUAGUGUAACAUUCACUACGGGUUUGUCGGAACCCAUCAAACUGAGUCAAAGCGCAUAUUGGGUUCUACGUUUACCCUUCAUCUAUGAAGGCGACAACGGUCCGUUGAGACCACCAAUUGAGGUAGAUCCUGCUAAUGCCGCUUUGAAUGGUGCUUUGUUGGCUGGAAUGUAUGGAAUCAGGGAAAGCGAAUUCUGUGAGGAAUAAGAUGCUUACACAUUGUAUUAAAAUAAAU